GCCAAACCAAAUUAAAUCAAUAAUUAUUAUGCUUAUAACAAUUGACAAACUAUUAGUAUCGAUUCUUAAUAAAACGAUUUUCUAAUUCCGCUUGUGGAAUAAAUACGAAACAUAAAUUUCUAAUUCAUUAAAAUUAUUCUGAAUGUCAAAAAUAUAAUAUAUUGUUACACACACAUGCUUAUGUACUUACCAUAUCAUGCUUUUAAAUCAAUAACAAUGUUUACAAAUAUUUUCUUAAGGCUUCACUAAAAGGUUUUUAUGUAUCAGAUGAGAAAUGCACAAUACUUAUUGCCAGAGUCGAAAUUAUAUAAAUUGUUGCUAUAAUAAUCCCAUAUAUCCUCCCAACGAAAACGCUGUAUCAAAUAAUAAUCAACAUAAUAAUAUUAAUAAAGCAAAUACUAAUUGUAAUAAUGUUAAUUAUUAUCCUUCAAUUCCUGCACCAACAGGCAUCAAUAACAUAAAUCGACAAAAUAGCAAAGAAAUUUUUUAUCCCUGGUCAUAUAAUCAUGUAACAACGACGCCAGCUGUUCAAGCGGCAAAUGGAAUACCAGUUAAUGAAAAAUGUUAUUCAUAUAAUUAUAAUAAUUAUAAUCAUUAUAAUAAUAAUUAUGAUUAUAAUAAUAAUAUUAAUAAAUGCGAUUAUGCAAAUAUAUCAACUCCACAGACUUCAAAUUGUACACCGAAAGCAUCAUAUGAUUAUAAGUAUCAGUGGCCUUUGAAUAAUAAUUGCAAAAAUAAUUAUUCAUCAUAUCAGCAUCAACAAAAUACGGUUACGCCAAAUUCAAAUUCAUCAACGGCACCACCAGCUGCACAUUACAAUUAUGAAAAUAGAUUACACGAAAAUGCCUUUAUUAAUUCACAUCAGUCAACCAUAUUACCACCAGCACCACCACCAACCCAUCAGACAGCAUUUCAUCAUCCACAAACAAAUAAUAGUAUUCAAUCUAAUUCAAGACUUAAACAAUCAUCAAAUUCUACAACAUUAGAUUAUUAUCAGCCUGAUAAUUCAAAGACUUUUGUAAAUUCGAAUUUAACACAUCAUACAUAUUAUAAACAAUGUUUUGUUCCGCGUUAUUCCGAGCCAAAUCCGCAUAAAAACUCUAUAUCAAUCCGAAAUCCUUUCGAAUAUCCAGAUGAAAGUUGUGGUACAAAAACUGUAAAUCCUGAAUCUAUCAACUAUGAUACAUACAAAAAAUCUCAAGUGAAUUUAAUCAAUUAUGAAACAUAUAAAAAGUCUGCUGUAGAAUUCCCCAUUAAUUAUGGGGAAAUAGGAUAUAGAAAAAAUAAUAGUGAAACAUCUGCAAUAGCAUGGAAUGCUAAUUAUAUUAAUGAACUACCAAACAAUAUAACCACAUCAAAUACAGAUAUUACAAGACACCAAAGAUACAUUAGUCAAGAGAAUGUUUGGAUUGAUAAAAGAUAUAUUAAUUGCCCCAAUUUUUCUACAACUGCAACUAAUUACCAAAUAAAUAACAAGAUUAUCGGAGAAUCAUCAUCAAAUUGUGCAUUCGAAUCUCGUCAUAUAAAUCCUGCAAAUUACUCGAAUAGUGAGUCAAUUGUAGAUCCUUUACCGACCGAAUUUCCUUUAAAUGAUUUUUACAGUCAUCAUCACCAACAACAUGUAGAUUUUUAUAACAUUAACAAUCAACUAUUGCAAACGAAUAUUAAUGCCUCGUAUGAAUAUGAAAGAUUUAACGUCCCUGAAAAUAACAAUUCAAAAGAAUCAUUAAUAUGUGGACAAGCUAUACGAGAUUUUAUUUCAAAUUGGAAUGAAGAAGAAGAUGAAGAUGCAUCAUUACAAACAAUUGAAGUUCCUGAUGCAAUACUAAUUAACAAAAAUAAUAAUGAAAAACAUGAAAAUAAUCUGAAAGUUAAGGACCAAAUUAAAGAAGAGGUGAUAACUGAAGAAGAAAAAGAGAAAAAUACUUUGCUCAAAAUCGAAAAAAUUGAAAAUGAAGAUAUUAAAACUGAAUUGAUAGAAAAUGAAAAAGAAUUAAAUGAUAUAGAAAAAAAUAGUAAUAGUGAAAUAAUAAAAUCAAGUGACCAAGAUAGUGCCUCAAUAACUAUCAAAAAUUCGGAAAUUAAAUCAAAAACUAAUAUCAAAAAAAUUAGAAGAAAUCAAAAACGAAACAAAUCAUUUCAAUCAAAUUUAAGAAAAGAAAGAUAUAAAAUUAUUAGAAAAAUUUAUAAAAUAAAAUGUUUUUACACCAAAUAUAUUUUACCAAAGAAUAAGUUCCUAUACAAAAAAGUGCCUCUUUCAAAAAGAUCAACAAAUUUAAUAAAAAAUUCUAAAACAAAUAGAAAAAAACCGAAUUAUGCUGAUUAUAAAACUAUUAAAAGAACAUAUAAGAAAAGAUUACAAAAAUUACGAUCUAAAAAUAAAGCAGUUUCAAAUGCAAAUUUAAAAUCUGAACCCGAUAUUAAAGAAAAUAACACCAAUAAUCGAAUUAUAGACGACAAUCAUGAUUCAAAUUCAACAAAAUCCGAUAUACCAUCAUUAAUCGAUAUUUGCGAACAAUUUAUAAUAAAUGAAACAAUUAAAAGUGGUUGUAAUUUAAAUGUUUAUUUAUAUGAAGCAUAUAAUUAUAAUAAUAAUAAUAAUUUUGACGAAAGUGAUUGUUCCAAUGACGAUAAUAAUAUUGAAGAAUCUUUAAAUACAACAACACCAACAACAACAGAAACUAAUUUAGAGGAAACUAAUAAAUCUUGCACAACGACAAAAACUUGUAAUGAUAAUAAUAUUAUAGAUACAAUUGAAAAUAAUGAAAAUAAUAUUUCUUCAUCACAAAAUUUAGAGAAAAACGAAAAUAAAUCUGUUUCAACCCCUACUACUAGUAAUAUUAAUUAUAUUGAUUCAAAUUCCAAUGUUAUAAUCGAUGAUAAUAGUCAAAUUAUUAACAGUAAUAGUAAUAGUAGCAGCCCUCCACCUAGUUUAUCAAUUCAUCAUGAAGAAAUUGUAGCAGAGAAUACACAAAAAUUUCAUUUGGAAAAAUUUGCCAAAGAUCUCAGGACUAAGUACUUAAAUAAAUGCAAUAUGAAAAAUUAUUUUAUAAGUAAAUUAUAUAAAAGAUAUAAAUGGAGAACAAAAUUUUAAGAAAAACAAAAAAAAAGUAAAAUAUUUAUAAAACGCAAAUUGUUUUUUAAUUGCACAAAAAGAAAAAUUUAUAUAAUAUAGUUUAAAAAUAAACUUUAAGAAAAUGUU